AUGGAUGAACUCCGAGCACGUGCCACUGGGUAUAUUCAAAUGGAGGAACACGCCGAGUUCCGUAACUCUGUCCGAGACAGUUUCACCACCAAGGGCGAGUCUAACACCAGGAAGAGGUCAAAGACUCAUAUUGACCAGAGAUCAAAAAGACCUCAAAUAACGGACAUACAACAGAGGAAUGUUGGAGUCUUAAAGAUUGAAUUGAAGAACUUAUUCAAGCUGGCCAACUUGGACAAUACAUCCAACGCGGCCAAGCUUCUCGUGGGGGCUUCCGAGGACGUGGCAGAGGACGUGGCCGAUUUCCUGGCCGAUAUCAAGGACGAUAUUAGAAUUAUCAAGGACGAUCUGAGCAAAGCAAUUAUCAUCAAACAAAUGCACGUGAAGAGAGAAAACCAAGCACAAACAGUGCAGAUCCGCAACAUAUGGAUAAAUCCUCUGAAGGAAACAACAUACGCGGUGUCAUCAACACUAUUGCUGGUGGGUUUGUCGGAGGAGGAAGUUCCAAUUCAGCCAGAAAAUGACAUCUACGCAUUGUCCAAAAUGUCAACCAUUGCCAUAACUCGGAAUCUAAGCCAGAAACACCUACUCCUCCCAUCAUUUUCACAGAUGAUGACUACGAAGCUUGACAUUCCUCAUCACAUGAUCCAACCAUAUUCUGAACCCCUUGCUGGGUUCGCAGGUGAGCGAGUUCAUACUCGUGAUUUCGUUGAAUUACUAACCUCUUUUGGUAUAGCUCAGAAUUCCAGGAGGAUCUUGGUGAAAUACCUGUUGGUUGACGCCGUCACUUCUUACAACAUCCUCAUUGGAAGACCAACUUUAAAUCAAUUAGGAGCAAUCGUGUCAACGCCUCAUUUAACUAUGAAAUUCCCAGGCACCAAUGGGCACAUAAUAGCUGUCAAGGCUAAUCAACAGAUUGCAAGGAAAUGUUAUGCUGAAAGUUUGAAGAUUACACCCCCCAAUCUUCAACCUGAAGAGUCAACUUCUUCUGUCAUUGCUCACAUCGGUACAAGGGAAAUGACCGACUUAGAUCCCUGA